AUGGAGACACACAUGCUUGACUUUGCUGUACCCUCCUCACACCCAGCUCUCAAUGGACGGAAGACAGCAACAUCAGCAAGGGACUCUUUUUCAGCCUACGACAGCAAAUAUCUCACUGUUCCUCAGAACCGGACUUCCUUGCACAGAAGUGGGACCAAUGGAGCUCUUGAAGCAUCAGUGGUGUCCUACAGAAGUUCUAUUAUCAACAACUACGUGGAAGGGAGCCAGGCAGGGGCGAGGGACAAAGCCUCCCCGAGCGGCCUGCACUUCAGGGACAGCAAGAGGAAGGUCGACUACGUCUUGGCUUACCACUACCGCCGACGCCUGGCCCAGCACGUGCCCGGUGCCGCCUCCCCGGAGCCGAGGUGCGGAUCCGCCUCCGUGGCCCUGGUUUCAAAUGGAGGCACUGGGAAGGGCCGUGCUGAGCCCCAGCAGCAGCAGCACGAUGGCCAGCGUGCCCUGCAGGAGUGGCCGGGGGUGGUGGAGCUCAGCCCGCUGGACACCCUGGAGGAGGAGAGGCGGCUGCAGCGGGAGGAGUACGAACGCAACCUGCUGGAAGCGGGGCUGGAGAUCGAGAAAGACCCCGAGAACAAGAGCCAAGGACUGAGUUUUGUCCGUAUACACGCACCUUGGCAAGUCCUCAGUCGAGAAGCAGAACUCCUUAAAAUAAAAAUGCCCACUAAAAAGAUGUAUGAAAUCACAGAAGAAAAGGGAAUACUCAAAACGUUAAAUGAAAUAUGGUGCAAAUUGACUGAACCUCUGCAACCACAGGUGCCACAGCAAGAAGAUACCAAGAUGAAAACCUUGUCCUAUCCAUUUUCCAGAGAGAAAAUAUAUUUGUAUAACAUCAAAGACAGAGACACCUUUUUUGACAAUGCAACCCGCAGCCGAAUAGUGAGGGAAAUUUUGAAGCGCACCUCUACAAAGGCCAGAAACAGCAUGGGCAUUGGCACGUUAAUAGCAAACAAUGUUUAUGAUGCAGCCUACCCACUUCACGAUGGUGAAUAUGAAGGCCAAAAUGAUGACAUGAAUGAAAGAAAGUUGCUGUAUGAAGAAUGGGCAAGAUAUGGAGCAUUUUACAAGUUUCAGCCUAUUGAUCUCAUAAGGUAAUGUGGACUUGUAUAAAACACCAAGGGGCCUUUCUCUGAGGUGAUACAGA